UUCCUGGUUUACUUUUGAUUUUUGGAAUCUUGUCCAAUGUCCAGUCCGUUCUCAAACAGCAUCGUACAAUAUCUUGUUGUUGUAAUCGUGUAGGAGUGUGGGAUCAUGGCUGAAAGUCGACAGCUAACCACACUGUCCAUAAAUCGAAGAGUAAAGGACAAGAUAAAGAAAACUAAGUUAAAGACAGUUAAGGACGUUUUGAGCUUAUCGUAUCUAGAUAUUGCUGAGGUGCUCCAUAUGAAUAAUAAGGAGUGUAAACAGUUUAUGGACCAUUUGUUUGCAACUUGUUGUCCCAAACAUCUCACUGCACUGGAUAUGGUAGAGACAGAAUUUAAAGGUAGCAUCCCACUUGGUAAUAAUAAGCUUGAUGCACUAUUGCAUGGUGGCCUUCAGUUUGGGAACAUUUCUGAAUUUGUUGGCCCGUGUGGUGUUGGGAAAACUCAGUGGUGCUUCUAUGCCUCUAUUCUCACUGUUUUACCAGAAGAAUAUGGUGGAUCCAGUAGGUCUGUGAUCUUUAUUGAUGUAGAGAAUACAUACAGGCAUGAGCGGUGUAGUAAUGCAAUGAACAUUCUUAGAAUAGAAUUGUUAAGAGUAGUAGUAUGUGCAAGGCACUGGAUAUUGGUAGAGACAGAAUUUAAAGGUAGCAUCCCACUUGGUAAUAAUAAGCUUGAUGCACUAUUGCAUGGUGGCCUUCAGUUUGGGAACAUUUCUGAAUUUGUUGGCCCGUGUGGUGUUGGGAAAACUCAGUGGUGCUUCUAUGCCUCUAUUCUCACUGUUUUACCAGAAGAGUAUGGUGGAUCCAGUAGGUCUGUGAUCUUUAUUGAUGUAGAGAAUACAUACAGGCAUGAGCGUAUCACUGAAAUUUUGACAGAAAAGUUUCCUGGUAAUCACAUCGAUGUAACUGCAUGCUUAUCAAAGAUUCAUGUAUUCCGGCCAUCAUCUGCAGAGGAUUUCUCCAAUUUAAUGAGUUCACUGGAAGACUGUGCAAUAGAAAAUGAUGUUGGCUUGUUGGUUAUUGAUUCCAUUGCAUCACUAAUAAGGAGAGAAAUAACAACAACUUCAAAAACGUCUAUUUUUAUGAGAGGAAGUCUUCAAGCAACUUGGAUGCUGACUUUAAAGAGAUUAGCUCAAGGCCUUAAUAUAUGUGUGAUUUUGACAAACCAAGUAGCCACUGAAAUAAGCUUAAAUGAUAGAUAUGACAAAAUUCCUCUGCAGAAAAUGGAAGAAAGUUCAUUGCAGGAAGGUAAUACACAUGCAUCCGGCUAUCACCUGAUUCCUGCACUAGGAUGCAAGUGGUCAUUCUUUGUGAAUACAAGAUUCAUUUUGCAGUAUGCUUCAGCAGUGCAAAGAGAAGUAUUUACAGAAAACUUUUUAAUAAACACCUUUUUCAUAGGGCUUUUUCUUACAAUGACCACAAUCCUAUUACUAAAGUUCAUGUCCAAAUACAUUUACAUAAGGUUUCCAUUUAUAGAUAUGACAAAAAUUCCUCUGCAGAAAAUGGAAGAAAGCUCAUUGCAGGAAGGUAAUACACAUGCAUCCGGCUAUCACCUGGUUCCUGCACUAGGAUGCAAGUGGUCAUUCUUUGUGAAUACAAGAUUCAUUUUGCAGUAUGCUUCAGCAGUGCAAAGAGAAGUGAUCAUUGCUAAAUCUCCAGUUUCUCCAUUUUCAAGUUUCUACUUUACCAUUGGAAAAUGGGGCAUCAGUAUUGAAGGUUUCUAA